UAUACAUUAGAAGGAUUCCAGGCCGCCAUCUUGUACCAAACAAAUUUAUAGAAAAAGUCGAGAUAACGAGAGAAAAAAUCAAUUUAAAAUUACAUUAAGACCUCCUAGAUAUCAGCCUGCCUACAGGGUGAAAGAAGAAGGCCUCUUUACCAUGUUAGUGGUUAAAAUAUGUAGUUUUAUAUAACAAUUCGAAGGUUUUUUUUUGGACAGUGAAUGUCGCUUGUUGUAUUCAUCCCACGGUCGUUGAACCCUACCAACGCUAUGCCUGUUCAACAAAUCGUGGUGAACUCAAGUCCUUCACAACAAAAUAAUAACAAAGACUCCAAGGAAUCUAAUCCACCUAUUAAUGAAGACCCUGAGAUCGGAGAAGAUGUGGUGGAGGUACCAAGACAGAAACAGAGUAUUUCUUGUGUGUCUAUAGCUUCCUCAGGCAUGGCAAUAUGUCGUAUAUGUCACUGCGAAGCAGAAGUGGACCAACCGUUAAUUUCACCAUGCCAUUGCGCAGGGUCACUACGGUAUGUUCAUCAGAGCUGUCUACAGAAAUGGAUAAAAAGCUCUGAUACUAAAAAGUGUGAACUCUGUUAUUAUGAGUUUGUCAUGGAGGCUAAAAUGAAGCCGUUUAGAAAAUGGCAAGCACUUGAGAUGUCUCAAAGUGAGCGUCGAAAGAUAAUGUGCUCGGUAUCUUUUCAUGUUAUUGCAAUAACUUGUGUCGUCUGGUCACUAUGGGUCCUUAUCGAACGCACAGCACACGAAAUCCAUCAAGGCCAUUUGGAUUGGCCGUUUUGGACCAAGUUAGUGGUCGUUGCUAUCGGUUUCACGGGAGGGCUUGUCUUUAUGUAUGUUCAGUGCAAAGUAUAUGUCCAGUUAUGGAAAAGACUGAGGGCUUACAACCGAAUAAUUCUCGUACAGAAUUCAGGUACAACCGUAGAAACUGCAGAAUACAUCUAAAUGGAUUUGAAAAUGGGUUAUAGAAUAAAGAAAGUAAUGGCCAACUUGUCCAUUGGAUGAAGAGAUGAGAAACUACAACCUUUGAUGUUCGUGGUAGCCAUUCCCAGCAUGUAUAGAUUUUCAAUCAAAAAUGUGAAUAGCAAGCUUAAUUUGACAAUUGUAAGAAGUUUCCUUACCAAUCAAUGUAAGAUAUCAUUUAAUUUUAAGAUAUUAGUUCCCAUACACUACUCUUCUGUUAGUUUCUUUUUCCCCAAAAAAAUGUGUCUUCUCAUAAAUUUUAUUUCUUUACCAAAAAAACAAUCAUACCUUUGUAUAUAGAUACUCCAAUAACAUAAAAAAGCCUAAAAACUUGUAUCUCAAAGAAAACAGUGUGAUAGAACUUUAGAUAGUUGUAUCGGCAAGAUGUUUUGAGAAUUAGAGUGGUUUUCAUAAACCCAUGUAAUAGCUUAAGAGGAAAUUUUUUUCAAUAAUGAGCAAUAAUGGCAAAAAGCGCCAAAAACUAGACUUUCGUAUGAGUUUUGAUCCCAUUUUCGU